UCAAAGACAUCGAUAUCCACGUUCUUAAGCGAAGGAAUUCUACAAUUUACACAGAUUUGGAGAUUUCUUUUUGUCGUGCCAAUAUAUUUCGUUAUUUUAUUGUACGGGCGACUUCUCUUUCUGUAGAAAUCGAUGAUAUAAUAUCGUAGUAAUACUUAUUACCUACAUUAAAAACUGCAAUUGUUAUUUACAACGUGGUUAAAGUCACCAUAGAUUCAAUAUGCUCCAACGAUGGAACUUUGCCGUUCGUCAUCUUCGAAAUGUACCCGCUGUUUUCAAGACUUCGCACUUUAGCACACAAAUGCCUCACUUGAAAGCAGAAUGGGGUUACACCGAGGAAAAUGGUCCGUCUACAUGGUGCAAUCUUCCAGGCGUAAAGAUUGGUAACCGUCAAUCUCCAAUUGACAUUAUUCAAGCGAAGGCUUCUUUCGACGAGAGUCUCAAGUCUCUUCAAUUCUCCUAUCCAAACUUUGAGAAAGCGACAUUAAACAAUAAUGGUCACACAAUUAUGUUUGCACCCGGUGACGACGAGAACGCUUUUGUCGUACGUGGUGGUCCUGUUACUCACACGUAUAAAUUGGCUCAGUUUCAUUUUCAUUGGGGCGUCCAUGAUGACGUUGGUUCAGAACAUACAGUUGACGGGAAACCUUACGCGGCCGAGCUUCAUCUUGUCCACUAUAACACUGAUCUCUAUGCUUCAGCUGGCGAUGCAUUGACUGCCGAAAAUGGUCUUAUUGUUUUUGGUAUUUUCUUAACGGUUGGCGAUACAGAGCAUGCUGGCUUGCAGAAGAUCAUUGACAAAAUUUCCCAAAUUCAAUCAUCGGGAGCGAGUAUUACAUUAGAGAGCGCCUUCAAUCCUAUCGUAUUGUUUCCUGAUAACUUGGAUUAUUGGUCGUACCCAGGCUCUUUGACAACACCACCACUUUCAGAGAGCGUCACGUGGGUUGUGUUCAAACAACCCAUCGUAGUUUCCAGUGGACAGGUCGCAGCAUUUCGUGAAAUUGAAUCAGCUGAUGGCCAAUGUCUGUGUCAAAAUUUUCGUCCAACUUGUGAGUUGAACGGUCGCGUUGUGAAGGCAUCUUUUAAAUAUAAAGCAUAAGGCUAGCUAAACUAUUUGUAAAUUGUAAUAUCUAUGUCACAAUGUCUUCUGGGACUGGACGAGAAAUCUUGUGUUAGCUGUGGAAGAUCAAAAAUACUUCUUAUACAUGAGAAUACAUUCUAAAUACGGUAAAAUUUUAAUUGUUAAUGGAUUUUGAACUAAAUGACUAGAAUUUGAAUGAAUAUAUUGUCGCCAAUGGAAA